AUAAAAAUCCAGUCUAAAAUAAGAUACGGAUUUUUUCCCCUUUUUUUCCGAACCUUAUACAGGGACAACAUGAGAGAAAUUGUUCAUAUACAGAUCGGACAAUGUGGAAACCGCAUUGGAGAGAGGUUCUGGGAAUAUAUUUCGGACGAGCAUGGAAUUGAUCCUCUAGGAAGGUUUAACGGAGAUUCAGAUCUUCAGAUAGAAAGAAUCAACGUUUAUUUCAAUGAGGCACGAAUGGGAAAAUACGUACCAAGGGCUAUUUUAGUGGAUUUAGAGCCCGCAGUAUUAGAUUCAAUAAGAGGCUCUCCUUUUGGACAAUUAUUUCGACCAGAUAAUUUUGUUUUUGGUCAAGGUAGCGCAUCAAAUAAUUGGGCCAAAGGAUAUUUUACUGAAGGCGCUGAGCUAUGUGAUACUGUGUAUGAUAUUGUACGAAAAGAAGCUGAAAGUUGUGAUUGUAUUCAAGGAUUUCAACUGACUCAUUCCAUUGGUGGUGGCUCAGGCGGUGGUCUCGGAGCCUUGUUAAUGAGUAAAAUAAAAGAAGAAUUUUCAGAUCGUAUCAAUCUCAACUUCACUGUUAUACCGUCACCGAAGGUCUCCGAAACUGUUGUAGAACCUUACAAUGCUGUACUAUCGAUAAACACGCUGGUGGAUAAUUCUAAUGAAACAAUGUGCUUUGACAACGAGGCACUUUUUAAUAUCUGCAAUCGCACAUUAAAACUGUCGCACCCUAGUUUAGAAGAUCUAAAUCACUUAAUAUCUACGACAAUGUCUGGGAUGACGACAUGUUUUCGAUUCCCAGGUCAGUUAAAUGCUGACCUGCGAAAGCUAGGAGUUAACAUGAUCCCAUUUCCUCGUCUCCAUUUCUUUAUUCCGGGGUUCGCUCCUUUAACCGCUCGCAGUGUACAACCAUAUCGUGCAAUGACAGUCCCAGAACUGUCGCAACAAAUAUUUGACGCCAAAAAUAUGAUGGUUGCAGCUAACCCGCUAGACGGUCGAUAUCUAUGCGCAGCUUGUGUCUUCCGUGGAAGAUUAUCGAUGAAGGAAGUAGAUGAGCAGAUGUUCAAUAUUCAAAAUAAGAACAGUUCAUAUUUUGUUGAGUGGAUUCCGGAUAACGUGAAAACUGCUGUGUGUGACAUACCACCACGAGGACUUAAGAUGUCAGCAACCUUUAUUGGUAACUCUACAAGUAUUCAAGCCCUUUUUAGGAGAAUCAUGGAGCAAUAUGAUACAAUGUUACGACGACGCGCAUUCUUGCAUUGGUAUACUGGAGAAGGAAUGGAAGAAAUGGAAUUCACUGAAGCUGGAUCCAAUUUGGCUGAUCUGAUUUCAGAAUACCAACAUUAUGAGACAGUUCAUUAAACUGUACAUCCAUUGAGAGAUUUAUCAGACAGAAUUUGGUAAAUAUUGUUGAAAAGAGGGAUCUGAUGUUAAAUGGAACAGGCCAGAAAACAUGGAGGUUUCUUUGUGUCAGAUAUUUAUUGUGAUAAAACCUAAUUAAUCAUGUUAGCUUUC